CUCGGCUCACACACAGCUGCCUCUGCUCCAGCUAGGAUGUGGCUCUUCCACACUCUGCUCUGCGUGGCCAGCCUGGCCCCCGUGGUGCCCUUCAACGUGGAUGAGUCCCGACCCUGGGUCACGUCCGAGGGAGGGGCACCUUUUGUGCUCAGCUCCCUUCUGCACCAAGACCCCAGCACCAACCGGACCUGGCUCCUGGUCACCAGCCCUAGAACCAAGAGGACAUCAGGGUCUCUGCAUCGAUGUUCCCUCAGCCAUGAUGAAAUCCUUUGCCAACCUGUAGAGCAUGUCUGCAUCCCAAAGGGGCGGCACUGGGGAGUGACAGUUGUCCGGAGCCACCAUGGUGUUCUGGUAUGCAUUCAAGUGCCAGCCCGGCGGCCCCACAGCCUCAGCUCAGAACUCACAGGCAACUGUAGCCUACUGGACCCUGACCUCAGUCCCCGGGCGCAGGCCAACUUCUUUGACCUUGAAAGUCUCCUGGAUCCGGGUGCACAUGUGGACACUGGAGACUGCUACAGGAGCAAAGAAGGCAGCAUGGGAGAGCAGGAGAACACAGCCAGGCAGCGCCGGGCUCUGGAGGAGGAAAAAGAGGAGGAAGAGGAAGAGGAAGAAGAUGAAGCUGGCACUGAGAUUGCCAUCAUCCUGGAUGGCUCAGGAAGCAUUGAUCCCCCAGACUUCCAGAGAGCCAAAGACUUCAUCUCCAACAUGAUGAGGAACUUCUAUGAGAAGUGUUUUGAUUGCAGCUUCGCCCUGGUGCAGUACGGGGCAGUGAUCCAGACUGAGUUUGACCUUCGGGACAGCCAGGAUGUGAUGGCCUCCCUCGCCAGAGUCCAGAGCGUCGUUCAAGUGGGGAAUGUCACCAAGACUGCCUCAGCCAUACAGCACGUCUUAGACAACAUCUUCACACCAAGCGGUGGCUCCAGGAAAAAUGCAUCCAAGGUCAUGGUGGUGCUGACCGAUGGUGACAUAUUCGGGGACACCCUCAACCUCACAACUGUCAUCAACUCCCCCAAGAUGCAGGGUGUUGAGCGCUUUGCCAUUGGGGUGGGAGAUGCAUUUAAGAAAGUUAAGACUGACAGAGAAUUGAAGCUGAUCGCCUCGGACCCCGAUGAGACCCACGCUUUCAAGGUGACCAACUACACGGCGCUGGAUGGGCUACUGAGCAAACUGCAGCACAACAUCAUUCGCAUGGAAGGCACGGUUGGAGACGCCCUUCACUACCAGCUGGCGCAGGUUGGCUUCAGUGCCCAGAUCCUGGACGAGGGGCAGGUGCUGCUUGGUGCCGUCGGAGCCUACGACUGGUCUGGGGGUGCACUGCUCUAUGACACGCGCACCCGCCGGGGCCGCUUCCUGAACCACACUGCGGAGGCGGACACUGAGGCUGCGCAGUACAGCUAUCUGGGUUACUCCGUGGCCGUGCUGCACAAGGCCUGUGGCCUCUCCUACGUGGCCGGGGCUCCACGGCACAAGCAGCGUGGGGCGCUGUUUGAGCUCCAGAAGGAAAGUGGCAAGGCCAGCUUCCUGCCAGUGCUGGAGGGAGAGCAGAUGGGGUCCUAUUUUGGCUCUGAGCUGUGCCCUGUGGACAUUAACAUGGAUGGGACCACGGACUUCUUGCUGGUGGCUGCUCCAUUUUACCACGUUCACAGAGAAGAAGGCAGAGUCUAUGUGUACCGGCUGAACGAGCAGGACGGUUCCUUCUCCUUGGCACGUGUGCUGAGUGGGCACCCCGGCUUCAUUGAUGCCCGCUUUGGCUUUGCCAUGGCAACUGUGGGGGACAUCAGCCAGGAUAAGCUCACGGAUGUGGCCAUCGGGGCCCCCCUGGAGGGUUUUGGGGCAGACGACGGUGCCAGCUUCGGCAGUGUGUACAUCUACAAUGGACACUGGGACGGCCUCUCUGCCAGCCCCUCGCAGCGGAUCCGAGCCUCAGCGGUGGCCCCAGGACUCCGUUACUUUGGCACAUCCGUGGCUGGUGGCUUAGACUUCAAUGGCGAUGGCCUUGCUGACAUCACUGUGGGCACGCUGGGCCAGGCGGCUGUGCUCCGCUCACGCCCCGUGGUUCGCCCGCGGGUGUCCAUGACCUUCACCCCCCGUGCACUGCCCAUUGGCUUCAACAGCAGCGUGAAGGUACAUUUGUGUUUUGACAUCGGCUCUGCGACCGCAGCUGCUGUGUCAGGCCUCGGAGAGACAGCUGUCAACUUCACGCUGGACGUGGAUGUGGGGAAGCCGAGGAAAAGGCUGCAGUGUUCAGACCCGAGAACCUACUGGAGCUACGUUUGGGAGUGGAGGGAUGGGUCCCAUCUCUGUGAGCACCUCCUGCUCGUGCCUACAGAGGGAGAGCUCUGUGAGGAGGACUGCUUCUCCAACAUCAGUGUCAAGGUCAGCUACCAAAUCCAGACCCUCGGGGCGUGGAGGGACCGUCCCCAGCCCAUCCUGGACCACUACACUGAGCCCUCCGCCAUCUUCCAGCUGCCCUACGAGAAGGCCUGCAAGAAUAAGCUGUUUUGUGUCGCUGAGUUGCAGUUGGCCGCUACCAUCUCUCAGCAGGAAUUGGUGGUGGGUCUCACGAAGGAGCUGACCAUGAACAUUAACCUAACUAACUCUGGGGAAGAUUCCUACAUGACAAGCAUGACUUUGAAUUACCCCAGAAACUUACAGUUUAAGAGGAUACAAAAGCCUCCCUCUCCAAACAUUCAGUGUGAUGACCCUAAGCCAGUUGCUUCUAUGCUGGUCAUGAACUGCAAGAUUGGUCACCCCGUACUCAAGCGGUCCUCUGCAAAUGUUUCAGUAGUUUGGCAGCUAGAGGAGAGCGCCUUUCCAAACAGGACAGCAGACAUCACUGUGACUAUUACCAAUUCCAAUGAAAGAAGGUCUUUGGCCAGAGAGACCCACAGCCUUCCAUUCAGGCAUGCCUUCAUUGCAGUUCUUUCCAAACCAUCAAUAAUGUACAUGAACACAAGCCAGGGGCUUUCUGAGCACAAAGAAUUCCCCCUCACUAUACAUGGGGAAAAUCUCUUUGGAGCUGAAUUCCAGUUGCAAAUUUGUGUUCCAAUCAAAGUACUAGGUCUCCAGAUUGUAAGAGUGAAGAACCUCAGGAAGACUCAGGCCUCCACUGUGUGCACCCGGAGUCAGAAGCUCACGUGUGGGAACAGUCCGGUUCAGCAUGUGGAAGAAUGGCAUUCAGUGAACUGUGCCAUCACUUCAGAUAAAGAAAAUAUAACUGUGGCUGCAGAGAUCUCCUUGGGUCAUGCUAAGCAGUUACCAAGGGAUAUAACUGAACUGCAGGUCCUUGGUGAAAUAUCUUUCAACAGAUCUCUGUACGAAGGGCUGAAUGCAGAGAGCCACAGAACUAAGAUCACUGUCAUCUUCGUGACAAAUGAGGAGUACCAUUCUUUGCCCAUCAUCAUUGGAAGCAGUGUUGGUGGCCUUCUGGUUUUGAUCGUGAUUAUAGUCAUCCUGUUCAAGUGUGGCUUUUUUAGAAGAAAGUAUCGACAACUGAACUUGGAGAGUAUAAGGAAGGCCCAGAUGAAAUCAGAGAAUCUGCUCCCAGAAGAAAAUUAGGACCUGCAUCCUCAUCCAUGGGGAGAGACUGUCAACCAGUCCUUGAAUUUCUAGAGGACCGGCAUCCUUGUCCCGCUGAUUACUUUUCUUUUAGGAUGAUCUAGAGCACUAUCGAACAAGUUGUUUGUAGAAUAUUGUUUUUAACCAUACAUUAUCCCCAAAGUGCAUUGUGUGAAAAGUAAACUUGGGAAAUAUUUGGUAUUAAACAAAGUUAAACUGUUUUCUUUACAGUA